GAGUCGACAGAAAGUGACACUUCUCUGUUAACACUUUCUCUAAUUUACCCUCCCCACUUUCUUCUGCUCACAAAACCCAUCCACAGUUCCACACACACAUAACACAUGUACUCUCUCUCUCUCUCUCUCUCUCUCUCUCUCAGUCUCUCUCUGUGAAACACACACACACACAUAAUUGGCCUGUGAAUUGCUAGUUUCACCCUACAAAUCUUGAUCCGGUGAAAGAUGGAGAACCCAUCUUUGCCCAGUGAUCACAGUUAUGAAUCUGAAAUCACCAGGAGAAAAAAACCCAUUACUGAUAAAGACAGUGUUGAUGAAAAAAGUGUAAAUCUUGGAAAAAAAGUUGAUAGAAUGAGGAAAAUGAUACUGGGUAUUGGGUUUUGGGUACAGGGAAUGAGGUGUUUCCCAUGGCUAGGUGUAAGUUUUUUCCUUAAAGAUGGUCUAAAACUUGACCCUUCUACCCUUCAAAUUCUUCAAGUUUCUGCUAAUCUUCCCAUGGUGGCCAAGCCCUUUUAUGGUAUUUUGUCUGAUUCUUUCUAUAUUUUUGGACAGCAUCGGCUCCCUUACAUUGCCAUUGGAGCAUUUUUACAAGCCCUGUCAUGGCUUGCUGUUGCAUUUGUUCCCACCUCAAGCAGCUCAUUUUUCUUGAUCACUGUAUAUCUCCUACUUGGGAAUCUUGGUGCUUCGAUAGUUGAAGUUGCAAAUGAUGCCAUUGUUGCCGAGACAGGAAAACAGUCCAGUUCCUCUUUGAAGAAACCACAGGCUUCCUCCGGUGAAUUACAGUCAUUUGUUUGGAUGGCAUCUUCCAUCGGUGGCAUGCUCGGCAACCUUCUUGCUGGUGUUGCAAUUGACUCUAUCUCCCCACAAACAAUGUUCCUGCUCUUCGGGGUUCUUCUUAGUAUUCAGUUUGUCAUAUCAGUCUCCAUUCACGAAAGUUCUAUUGACCUUCCUAAGACUUCAUCUAAUACUGGGAUUAAAAGGCAGCUAUCAGAGCUACUAGUUGCAUUAAAGAACCCUGAGAUAUCUUAUUCGAUAGCCUGGUUUGCAGCAUCAUAUGCCAUAAUUCCAGCCUUGACAGGCACCAUGUUCUUCUAUCAAACACAGUACCUAAAGAUUGAAAACUCAGUGUUGGGGAUUUCUAAGGUGAUUGGGCAGGUAACGAUGCUGUUAUGGGGAGUAAUUUAUAAUAAACGCCUAAAGUCAGUCCCUCCAAGGAAAAUAAUUGCCGCCAUUCAGGUCACUAUGGCAGUUUCAAUGGUUUCUGAUGUGUUAUUUGUCAAAGGGAUAUAUCAUAACAUGGGAAUACCAGACUCAGUGUAUGUUGCCAUUUUCUCAGGCUUUAUUGAGGUUCUAUGCUUCUUUAAAAUACUACCUUUUAUGAUUCUUACGGCUCAGCUCUGCCCUAAAGGUUGUGAGGGAUCAAUAAUGGCUUUCCUUAUGUCCGCUAUAGCACUUGCAUUUAUAGUCAGUGGAUAUCUAGGCGUGGUGCUUUCAUCAUAUGUUGGGGUUACAGCAGACGAUUUCUCAGGUUUGCCACAAGGUCUUCUGAUCCAGGCAGCAUUUACACUCUUGCCUCUGUACUGGUCCUCGUGUAUCCCAGACGAUGCAAAUAUCAAAUCCAAAAGAAAAGAAAACUGAGUUCAAUCUUGGUUUAAGAGUUAUGUUAGUAAUAUAUUAUGCACAGCUUAUGGUCUUAGUAAUAUACUCUAGGAUGUAGUACAUAAGAUUCCAUCACCCUGAUACUUGGUCACAGUGUUACUACAGUGUGCUUCCAUCAUAAAGUUCUUGUGUUUUAUUUGUAAAGCUUUCAUGAAAUCAAUGUGAUACAAUUUUUUUCCAAA